ACUGCCUCCGAGAGGGUGCCAGGCCGCGGGCGAGCCCUAGAGGCCUGCUCGGGCUGGGGGCGGGGCUCGGCGGCGGAACCUCAGCGAGCAGAUGGUACGGGCCGGAAGCCCGGGCGGAGACUGCGGCUGCGCGUCCCAAACGGGCAGGCGUCGCGCGCCGGCCACUUCCGCACUUCCGCUUUCCUGCCUAGCCAGCGCCCGCGAUGGUGAGAACUGGCUCCGGCCAGGGACUCUGUUCUUCCAAAGGGGUGUGGGUUUGGGGCAGAUGCAGUCUUGCAGCUGAGGCCUGGGGCCGAGGGAUGCCAGAGGAUGUGCAGACUGCCACUCUCCGCCCCUACCUGAGUGCCGUACGGGCCACAUUGCAGGCCGCCCUCUGCCUGGAGAACUUCUCCUCCCAGGUUGUGGAACGACACAACAAGCCAGAGGUGGAAGUCAGGAGUAGCAAAGAGCUCCUAUUACAGCCCGUCACCAUCAGCAGGAAUGAGAAGGAGAAGGUACUGAUUGAAGGCUCCAUCAAUUCUGUCCGGGUCAGCAUUGCUGUGAAGCAGGCUGAUGAGAUAGAGAAGAUUUUAUGCCACAAGUUUAUGCGCUUUAUGAUGAUGCGAGCAGAGAACUUCUUUAUCCUUCGAAGGAAACCCGUUGAGGGAUAUGACAUCAGCUUUCUGAUCACCAACUUCCACACAGAGCAGAUGUACAAACACAAGUUGGUGGACUUUGUGAUCCACUUCAUGGAGGAAAUUGACAAGGAGAUCAGUGAGAUGAAGCUGUCAGUCAACGCCCGUGCUCGCAUCGUGGCUGAAGAGUUCCUUAAAAAUCAGAAGAAGAUCUUUAUGAUCCAAGGCCGAUACCCAGUAAUCCGGGGUCUCUUACGUUGGAGGGGCUGGGUGGAGAAGAAGAUGGUCCAUCGCGCAGGCGCCGCCCUGCUGCCCCUGCAGAAGGAUAACUCAGUGGUGGGUGACAGCGACACCACUGAGGAUGAGGAUGAAGAAGAGGAUGAGACACUCCAGCCGCCACAGCUGAUGGAUGGCUUUCUGGAGCUCAAUGACUUGGAUGGGACACAUGCUUUAAUGUCCCGCAUGGUUCGGAAUGAGACCCCCUACCUCAUCUGGACCACUCGACGGGACAUGAUGGACUGUCGCUUCCUUGCCAAGGAUCAGAUGAUAAACCACUAUGCCCGGGCUGGCUCCUUUACCACAAAGGUGGGUCUGUGUCUCAAUCUCCGGAAUCUGCAGUGGUUCGAUGAGGCUGAUGCCGACUCCUUCUUCCCUCGUUGCUACCGCCUAGGUGCUGAGGAUGACAAAAAAGCCUUCAUAGGAGAUAAGCAGCCUAAGCAGGAAAAGAAGCCAAUGUCGGUGUCCCCAGAGUUUGUGGAUGAGGCCCUGUGUGCAUGUGAGGAGUAUCUCAGCAACCUGGCCCACACGGACAUCGACAAGGAUGUGGAGGCCCCACUGUACCUGAGCCCUGAGGGCUGGGCACUCUUCCUCCGGCGCUAUUACCAGGUGGUCCAUGAGGGUGCCGAACUCAAGUACCUCGACACUCAGGUCCAGCGCUGUGAGGACAUCCUGCAGCAGCUUCGGGCUGUGGUACCCCAGAUCGACAUGGAAGGGGAUCGCAACAUCUGGAUCGUGAAGCCAGGAGCCAAGUCCCGUGGACGAGGCAUCAUGUGCAUGGACCACCUGGAGGAGAUGUUGAAGCUGGUGGAUUAUAACCCCAUGGUGGUGAAGGACGGCAAGUGGGUCGUACAGAAGUACAUCGAGCGGCCCCUGCUCAUCUUUGGCACCAAGUUUGACCUGAGACAGUGGUUCCUGGUAACUGACUGGAAUCCACUUACUGUGUGGUUCUACCGAGACAGCUACAUCCGCUUCUCCACACAGCUCUUCUCCCUGAAGAACCUGGACAACUCAGUACACCUGUGCAACAACUCCAUCCAGAAGCACCUGGAGAACUCAAGCCAUCGGGAUCCAAUGCUGCCCCUGGACAACAUGUGGUCCAGCCAGAAGUUCCAGGCCCACCUGCGGGCGAUGGGGGCCCCGGACGCCUGGUCUACAGUCAUUGUUCCGGGCAUGAAGGCUGCCGUGAUCCAUGCACUGCAGACCUCCCAGGACACUGUGCAGGAUCGGAAGGCCAGCUUCGAGCUCUAUGGCGCUGACUUUGUCUUUGGUGAGGACUUUCAACCCUGGCUGAUUGAGAUCAAUGCCAGCCCCACCAUGGCGCCAUCAACACCUGUCACUGCACAGCUCUGUGCUGGGGUUCAAGCUGACACCCUACGUGUGGUUAUUGACCGUCGACUGGAUCGCACCUGUGACACAGGAGCCUUUGAGCUCAUCUAUAAACAGCCUGCGGUGGAGGUGCCCCAGUACGUGGGCAUCCGGCUCCUGGUGGAAGGCUCCACUAUCAAGAAACCCCUGACCAUGUAUCAUCGACGGAUGGGGGUCCACCCCGCAUUUCCUCGUCUGCUGACCCAGCAAGGCUCUGGGGAAGGCAAGGACUCAGGGACCCCUACCCACAGGUCAGCUUCUAGGAAAGUUGGCAGGGCCAGGAGCCGGGGCACAUGGAAAGGCCAACCUUCACUGCCACUACUUCGGUGCCCGGAAAGGGGAAGAAUGGCAAGUCGAAAAGAGCCACAGCCCUGCUUACCCCCAGCCUUGAGCAGACCAGACCACCUUUGCAUCUGAAGACCCCCAUCACCCAACACACCCAAGGGUCCCGAGGUGAUUUCUUCUGCUCUCCAAACCCCUCCUAGCCUCCUGGGUUUGCCUUCCUUUCAAGGACCCCCCCAGUAGCAAGUCACAGCCAUGGCUCACCAAGUUUUCUUGUUAAAUAUGCAGCCCCACAAAUAUUGUCCCUUGGGGCAGUCACCUGCCAGGCAGUCAUUCCUAGCUAGGAGGCCCAGAGCCCAGGUGUUCACAGAAUCUGCCUUGGCUCCAGGCAGAGAAUCCUGGGGCAACAGGAGAAAUACUCUACAGCACUUAGCAGUGGACACCCUGCCCAGCUCCUCUGUCCUUACAACCUAGUGAGGUAGGUGCUGUUGCCCCCCUUCAACCCAGGUAGCAGGAAGUGUAAAGAAGUUGCCUGAGGUUGCACAGCUCAGAAGGGUCAGAGCCAGGAUGCAGACCCAGGUCUGUUGGACCCCAAGCCUUGUGUUCAUCCCCUCACCACCCUUGUGACCCUGUGGGGCAGCCAGUGAGCCUGGGGCCCUCUCUGGCCCUCACAGCAUCCCUUGCUCCCACAGCCCUGAACCCCUUCCCCAGCCUUCAGGCCAGGGCUUGGCUACCACAUCCCCCUGUGCUCUGACCCCACGGGUGGGGCCUCAGAUCGAAGCAUGACACACUGGUGGGCUCCAAGGCCCUGUCAUCCACAGGCAAGGCCUUGAUGACUCUGCCAACAGCCAAGGUUUUCAUUUGCUUCCCACCCAACCCUGCUCUCAAGCUGGCACCCAGCAUCUCAAAGCCAAAAAAGGUGGGCCUUGAACUUGGACUCAUCCUGGUGGGCUGCACUAGACACCUGGGUUGGGGUUGGGGGCCCCAGGCACAGGGCAGCUCCCAGAACCCCUUUCCCAGACAGAUCCCUCAUCCUCUCUCUUUUCUCCACUCCAACUGAGGCUGUUCCCCAGUGCCCUCAAGGCCCCCAUCCUGGAAGUGUCUUGUGCCCUGUGUUCUUUGAAGGUGCAGCUCUUCCUAGCAUCCCUAAGAAGGUCAAGGGCAAGUUUAAGGCCAGACAGUGUGACAAACCGAGGCACCCCAGGCCCAGGCAUGCUCUGUGAAGAGGCUUAACCUCCCACAACCCUCACCCCUUGCUUCUACGUUCCAGGGGCCAGCAGUCAAGGGGCCCUGGGGGAUGUGAGGCUGGAGAAA